AGAAGGUGAAGUGACACGGACCGUCCACGUAAAGAGGGCAAGCACGUCAUUUGGUCUAUACAUUUCCGCGGACCCAUCUUCUAUAAAUAAUUAAUCAAAAAUAGGUAUACCAGUACCCAAUCCAUACCUUCCCAAUAUAUCUUUAUCUUAGAAAGAUAUCCAGAAAAGAAAUGGCAGGACUCGUUCAGAAGAUCGGGGAUAUGAUUCAACACGGCAAGCCGACGGAAGCCCACAAGGACGGCGAGAAGUCGGCGGAAGCGGGGCACAAAGACAAAGGACUCGUCGAGAAGAUCAAGGACAAGAUCCACGGCGGAGGGGAGACGAACUCCCACGGCAAGCCGGCGGAUGCCCACCACUCCGGCGAGGCGGGGCACAACGACAAAGGGAUCGUCGACAAGAUCAAGGACAAGAUCCACGGCGAAGGCGGCGAGAAAGCCGAGAAACAGGGCAAGGACAAGAAAGACAAGAAGAAGAAGAAGGAGAAGAAGUCUGGGCACGGGCACGAGCACGGCGGCGACAGCAGCAGCAGCGACAGCGAUUAGAUCCGCCGCCGUCGAUGGACCGGAGUUCUUUGGGAUUCUGAUGAAUAAAUGAAAUGUGUACGGCCGAUGGCAUUGUUUUGUAAUUCUGUAAUACUAUGAGGACAUGUGUGUUAACAGUUGUAUUCCUCCUUUGACAUGAUUAGCUAAUAAAAAGUCUUUGUUUUUGGUUGUAUCCUAUGACGAGAUUAUCCCUUUACCAAAAAAGUAAUAUGGUAUUUAUAAGUACUGUUACAAAGAUUAUCCCUUUGACGAGAUUAUCCCUUUA